AUGCUGCGCUCUUCUGUGCCUGGAAAAACUAGCAAAGUAUUAAUUUGUGGUUAUCGGAGCAGUGGAAAAACUUCAAUAUUGGAACAAGUUAUAUAUGGAAAUUUUCCAUGCUAUGCGUACCCAACCAUUGAGGACAUCUAUUGUGCUCUUGUUAAUACAGAUAGAGGAGUAAAAGAAAAACUUAGGUUUUAUGACACUGCAGGAACUGUGCCUGGUCAGUCCACUGAUUUUUUGAAAACAUAUAUGACAUAUGCUGAGGGAGUGAUACUAGUAUAUGCAAUAAAUAGCAGAGAAUCAUUUUCAUUAUUGGAUCAGGUUAAAAAGGACUAUGAUAAAAUAAAGGAAAAGAAAGAGGUGCCAAUUAUAGUAUUAGGAAAUAAAAUGGAUUUGCAAAAUGAACGACAAGUUGAUACAGUAUUAGCUCAGGCUUGGGCACAGAAAGAAAAAGUGAAAUUAUAUGAAGUUUCAGCUUUGGAUAGAAGAACAUUGAUAGAACCCUUUGUGUAUUUAGCUUCCAAAAUGAACCCACCUCCAAGCAAGUCAACAUUUCCACAACUAGGAAAAAAGGGUAAACCUGGAAGUAUAACAAUGGAGCUGUAAUAGAAUUAAUAUUUAACUUUUGAGAUAUCUACACAUGAAGAAAUUUCAAAUGCUGAAUGAAUCAUUUGAUUCAGCAAAACUUUUUAAAGAUUGAAAACAAAUUUAUAUUAUAAGAACUACUAGUGAAAUUAUUUUAAAGCUUAUAUUUAGAGUAAAGGAAUAUGGUAUAUAUAUUAAUAAUCUCAUUUGUUUAGAAUAUCUAGGAGAAUUUAUUGUUUCUAAGGAAGUAUUUCAAAUUUAGAGUUUAUACUGGUGUU